AUGACAUGCAGGUCACCGAGCAUCCCGAGCCCUAUUCCACCGCGAAGCCCUACCGCGCUACCGAUCUGGUCGCCAUUACUGGCGUUGCAAGCGUGCCGCUUACGCAGGUACCUUAGCGAUGACUGCAUGACUUACCAAAACAGGCACCUCCUGCACUCGGAGCGACGCCGGUGCGGGGUCUGCCUCGCCUCCUUCCCCUCCACCUGGCUGCUGGAGCGCCACGCCGCCCUGCAACACGCCUCGCAGACCUCAUGCGACGACAAACCAUUCGUCUGCGAACAAUGUGGACAGAGCUACAGAUACAGGUCCGCUUAUGUCAAACACAGAGAGCAAAAUCACCGAGCCAGGCUGCCGGCUGACAAACUCUUCACCUGUGACGUCUGCGGAAUGCAGUUCCGCUACCUCAAGUCGUUCAAAAAACAUCGCCUGAACCAUACUUUAGAGCGACUUCACACAAAGAACACCGACCAGAGUGACAGUAUGGAUCAGGUUUCUAGCACAAACGAGGCUCUGUUAGGGCGCUGUGGCGAAAUGGACCUAUCCAUUAAAAAGAAAAACAGACCCGAGAGCACCAGAAGCCCCCCGAUAGAAGUUCACGACGAACAAGACAAAACUCUAGUGCCGAAAGUGAAAGCAAACGGGACGACACUCCCUCGGGGGAGAGAAGGCGCGUUCCCGUCUCAUUUGCCAGCGUUAGCUCAAUCGCAGACAGUUCAGAAAGCGAGUCUCGAGCUGAUAGCAAACACGACAGCGCCAGUCCACAUUCGGGGAUUAUGGGAUUCUUGCAAAAUGACGACAGGGCACGCGAUAGAGAGAGGAGGAUUUGCAUGCCCAUUUUGCGGGAAAUGCGUUAGGUCCAAAGAGAAUUUAAAGUUGCACGUGAGGAAGCACACAGGGGAGCGUCCGUUCGUGUGCUUGUUUUGCGGACGAGCGUUCGGGGGCAAGAGCGACCUGACGCGGCACCUGCGCAUCCACACAGGCGAGCGGCCGUACCACUGCGAAGCGUGCGGCAAAUGCUUCGCACGCGCCGACUACCUGUCCAAGCACCUCACCACACACGUGCACAACGCACGCUGAUGCGCCGCGCCCGCGCCCGCGCCCGACGCCCCUGCUCCGACCGCGCCGUCCUCCGUUCAAUAUUCGCAUACCUCUAUAUUUAUUGACCGAGUCAUAUUAUAACAUUAAAUCGGAAUAUUUUUUAAAACAUUUUUAAACUUUACAAGACGAUAUUAAGCAGGUUUUAUUAAAUAGCUCACAGGACUGUUUUUAUUUUAGAGUUGUUUAUGGAUAAGUAGUUAAUUGAGUAAUUUUUGAUAAUUAUCUAAGAGGAUACACUUUCGAAUGCUAGAGAUGACAAGAAGUGGUUGCAGAGUAAUAUGCCGUUGAUCGUUUGUAAGCUUUACAGACUUUAUAGACUCACGAUAUAAAUCGUUUGCAUGUCAGUGUCAGGAUGAUAGACCUGGUGCCGUAGCCGAAUGGCAUUUCUGCGACGCGAAACGAAAACGAAACGCCGCGAAAGGUAGUCUGGCUCUGUCGCGCCAAUACGCAAGAGCGAUAGAGAUAGAUAUCUCGUUGGCACAAACGCUCACGAAACGAGCGUCUCGUUUCGUGAACGUUUGUGCCAUUCGGCUACGUAGUACCUUGAUUUUAAUAUUUGUGUGUUUUUUAAUAUUUCUUCCUUUAAGUUUCUUCCACGCAGAAACCCACAUCUACGACAUUAUUUAAAAGGAUUGGUGUUUGACUCUUAAUUGUUUUUUUUUUUCUCGCUUUUCAUUUAGUUGUGUUGUAAUUCAUACUUGGAAAGUGCAACGGUAUCAAUAGGUACUCAGUUUCGAAUAAGAAUACUUUAAUGAAUGAAGAGCGAAGUUCACCGUCCUAUAUAUCUGAUUCUUACGACGGAAAAGGAUAACCAUAAAUAUUUUAUAAAAUUACCUUCUUUUACUUACUUAGGUUUAGUAUAAUUUCACAAGUCAACCAGUUAGGGUGUAAGGGUAAUUUU